GAAAAGCCGAUGAGUCAUCGGCGUUAGGUCGUCUCUGUCUUUUCGUAAUGCCGAAGGUACCAUGAAAUUGAAUAUAGGAGGAUAGCCAACCUUCACCUAACAAUUAUAUAAAGGGGUCCGAAUAAUCCGACCUAUUUUAAUGCUAGACCUUCUCUCAACACCUCUAGGACAAUUUUAGCAUUCAUAACUUGAUUUUUCGUCCAGUCUAACAUGACUCAACUCGUAUGGCUCAUUACCGGUUGCUCCUCUGGCUUCGGGGAGCUAUUGACACACCACAUCCUAUCUCGUGGUGACCUCGUCAUCGCUACGGCGCGGACUCUCAGCAAGAUCGCGCAUCUCAGUCAAGCUGGCGCGGCUACUUUAGAGCUUGAUGUGACUCACCCUCAGCAAGCCAUCAAUGAUACCGUGGCUCAGGCUAUCGCCAUAUAUGGGAGGAUUGAUGUGGUGGUGAAUAACGCGGGUUACGUUACAUCAGGGGCAUGGGAAGACAUAGAAUAUGAGCAGCUUUUAGCGCAGUUUGAUACAAAUGUCUUUGGCGUUGUAAAGGUGACCCGCGCGGUUUUACCGCACCUGAGGGAGAAGAAAUCUGGCACGAUGGUAUUCAUCAGUUCCUUGUCAGGAUGGUGCGGGCAUCCUUUCGUUGGUCCAUACGCUGGGUCUAAGUUCGCCCUAGAAGGUAUGGUUGAAAGUUUGAGUCGCGAGACAGAAGUGUUCGGAAUUAAGACCCUGUUGGUUGAGCCGGGAAGGUUCCGUACAAUGCUCCUAUCGCCGGACAAUCUUCACACAGCCCCGUCCAAGAUCUCAGACUACGAUAAGGCUUCAAAAGCGCAUGUCGAUGGGCUAGCACAGGAGGAUCGAAUGCAGCCAGGUGACACUCAAAAAGCUGUCAAGAUUAUCGUAGACCUCGUACGGAAGGAAGGGUGUGCAGAGGGUAGGGAAGUCCCAUUCAGAUUCCCUCUCGGCACAGAUUGCUACGAGUCAAUUAAGGAGAAAUGCGAAGAAACUCUUCAUCUACUUAAGGAUUGGAAUCAAGUGAUAAAUAGCACGGAUCACGAAAAUCAUUCUAAUUCAAAUUAG